CCGACGGGGUGGGCGUGCAGAUCGACACCAUCACCCCGGAGAUCCGAGCCCUCUACAACGUGCUGGCCAAGGUGAAGAGGGAGCGCGAUGAGUACAAGCGCAGAUGGGAAGAGGAGUACACAGUGCGUGUCCAGCUUCAGGACCGGGUGACCGAGUUGCAGGAGGAAGCCCAGGAGGCUGAAGCUUGCCAGGAGGAGCUGGCCAUGAAGGUGGAGCAGCUCAAGGCAGAGCUUGUUGUCUUCAAGGGAUUGAUGAGCAAUAACAUCACGGAGCUGGACACCAAGAUCCAGGAGAAGGCCAUGAAGGUGGACAUGGACAUCUGCCGGCGCAUUGACAUAACUGCCAAACUGUGCGACGUGGCACAGCAACGGAACUGCGAGGACAUGAUCAAGAUGUUUCAGCAACUGGUCCCAGCCUCGGUGGGGCGGAAGCGGGAGCGCAAGCAGGUCAGUGAUGAAGACACCUCGCUGUCAGAGAGCGAUGCCUCCCGAAAACCUGAAGAGGAAGAGGAGGACGAGACCACGGCCAUGAGUAUCAAUGAGGAAAUGCAGAGGAUGCUGAACCAGCUGAGGGAAUAUGACUUUGAGGAUGACUGUGACAGCCUCACAUGGGAGGAGACAGAAGAAACGCUGCUCCUCUGGGAGGACUUCUCUGGAUAUGCCAUUGCAGCUGCAGAGGUGCAGGGGGAGCAGCAGGACGACAGCUUGGAGAAGGUGAUUAAGGACACAGAGUCACUGUUCAAGAGCCGUGAGAAGGAGUACCAGGAAACCAUCGACCAAAUAGAGCUGGAGUUGGCCACAGCCAAGAACGACAUGAACCGGCACCUUCACGAGUACAUGGAAAUGUGCAGCAUGAAGCGAGGCUUGGAUGUGCAGAUGGAGACUUGCCGUCGGCUCAUCACCCAGUCUGGGGACAGAAAGUCUCCUGCCUUCACCCCAGCCUCCAACAGCGAGUCGGCUCCAAAUGAGGAGAGCGAGGAGUCCGACCGCGAUCCCCCCAGCGACGCUUCCAUCAGAUAAUGAGGGGAUGCCCUACUCCCUCGGACCCCCUUCCUGGUACGGGGUGCCUGAGUCACACCUGGGAAAGACUGUCAGGGACGUGGAAUCGCUGGUAAACGUCUGUCACCCAGGCUCACUCCUGUUUUGGGGUGCUUGGCAGAUCCCACACCCCGCCUUCACCGGAUAACUUGCAAAUGGGAAUAGCUAGAUAGACCUGAAGGCCCUUACCUGGGCUGCUCAGCCUUCAGCCCCUUCUCUAUUCCCUUUCUCUGCUUUGGUUAAGCCGUGGUUCGGGCAGGGAGGCUCCAAACCUGCCACAGUGGCGUUCUCCAGGACCUGGUCCCAGGUGCCCCCAGACCCACCUCCUCUGGCGUCCGUCCUGGUACACUUGACCUGCCCCCUGCCCUCCCUGCGCUACACAGAGCCGAAUGAGAGCUGUACCUCCCUGCAAACUGGACCUGACACUGGUGCCAACUGGACCGAGCCUGGGGCUCUCCCUGUCCUUGCUGCUGGCCGGGCGCCUGGCUGGUCCCCCUGCCAUGCUGGGCACCUCGAGUCCUCCCACCCUGCUCCAGGGUGGGGGCUGAGUCCCACUCACUGUGCACUUUGCUUUGCCACACGUCGGUGGUGCGCUCACGUCUGUGUUACGGGAGCGAGGUCAUUAAAUGGGACAAUUUCCUUUUCUA